AUGCUCAACAAAGUCGUUGAGUACUGUAACGCCAGCGACAUUGUCAUCCUUGGCGAUGAUGCAGAUAUCUUGAGAAGGGCCUUUGAGUUAAGCCAGGGCAAUGAUGAAUUGCAAACCUAUCUCUCUCAAUCAUGCAUCAAGUGUUGGUUGUUCAGCGAUGUCAUCAUGCUUGAACAGAGCAUGAAUGCUUCAAACAAAAGCUCAAGUAACCAUCCAGAAAAAGUUGUGCUUUUCACAAGUGGCACUGCUUCUGUUCCCAAGGGAUGCUGUCUCAAUCCUAGUGCCUUGCUUAGAGGGAUAGAGUCGCUGGUCGGGUUGGGUGCCAUGACGCCAGAUGACCGAGCCAUCGUGACUGGCCCAGGCCACCACAUUUAUGGUUUUCUGGUUACAUCCAUGACGCUUAUCAGGGGUGCGGGUGUCAUCUACGCCGCUUCGAAGUACUCGCCCGACUCUGUACUUCGAGCCGCUUCAGACGAGGGAUGCACUAUGCUUUCACUGGUUCCAUCCAUGAUUCACAGUCUUCUCGGGAUGCUCGAGGAACAAGAAACAGCUCUUAAAGUCAAAGGAAUCCUCGUGGCUGGGAUGGCGGCAGCACCCAGUCUACUAGAGAAUAUCCAGCAGAGACUCAACCAUCCAUGGGUGGAAAAUGUGUAUGGGAUGACCGAGGGUGUCCUUGCAACUGCCGGGAAGUCUAACAACUUGAAGAACAUCUUGGGCGAUGGCUACAUAAGUGCCGGGAAGCCAACGAUAGGGUCAAGGAUUCGCAUAUGCCAUCCCGAUACUGGAGAGAUUGUUUCUCAGGGCACUCCUGGGCAACUUGUGUUCUCAGGACCGGCGGUCAUUGACGGAUACAUUUGUCAGUCGGAGACAGAUGUGAUUUUUGAACGCGAUGGUCAUCGGUGGUUCAACACUGGCGAUGAAGCACUCAUUGGAAAGAACGGAAUGAUUUAUAUCCUUGGCCGAUAUAAAGACAUCAUUGUGCGAGGCGGAGAAAACAUCAGUAUGGCAAAACUGGAAAUGCUUUUGGCCGAGAUGCCUGAAAUUAGCGUCCUUCAGCCUCAGGUUGUUGCUGCGACAGACAUCGUUGCUGGAGAAGUCCCUGUAUUGGUCACCAAAACAAAGAUCAAUCAGAAUACUGUCCAACAGCUCAAAGAUGUGAUCAGGGCCCGGCUGGGCUCUCUCUUUGUUCCUAGGGACUUUGUCUAUCUAGAUAAUUUAGGGCUGAGUACCUAUCCCCUGACAACGUCUGGAAAGACCCACAAGCGCCAGUUGGCGCAAAAAGUGAGAGAGUAUUUUGAAUCCCAAGAAAAAAAAGAGGAGGAUUUCGACACGGCUUUACAAGCACCAGCCUUGGCGACAGCAGUCGUUGCGGUUUGGGCGAGAGUCCUUGGUGCAGAGGCUGCACGGCUAAAUAUCAAGACUCCAGUGUCACAAUUAGCUGACAGUAUGCUUAUGGUAUCGGCUCGUGAUCGCAUCAGGAAAAUCACAGGCCGCAGUGUCGCUCUGUCAGAUUGGAUGGCUGCUGUGACGAUUGAUGACCAGAUCAAGAUGCUAGAGGCCAGUACCUCAGAAAUUCAAGCCAGUCACUUUAAUGUUACAUCCCAAGAGAAGCAAAGAGGCCCUCUUCAAGCUUCAGAAAUGGUGCAUCUUGCUGGCGAGGACAGUGGCUUUCAGAGCACCAAACGGGAGGUUGAAAACUUGAUAGGGGAAAAUGGCUUUGGAUGGGAUGAUGUUCAAGAUAUUUUUCCCUGUACGGACUGGAUCCAACUUCUCUCCCAUUCAGGAGUCAUUGAGUCUUGGAAUAUCCGCGCAUCGGUCGUUUCGGAGGAAUCAAGUUUGAUGGAAAUGAGAAACGCUCUUGAAGUUACUCUGUCAAACCACCCUUUGAUGACCUCGUAUCUGUUACCAAGUACAGGCCUCGAAGAGAACUUGGGCCUCCACAUUGUUAUGCGUCAGAACAAAAUUAUGCUUGAUCUGUGCAUCACCGACUAUGGAACGGUUCGUACUGUGUCGGAUUUGAAGCGUCUGACAAAGAAUUACCCGUACAAACAUCAUCCAACCCUUAAGGGUCCGCUUUUUCAUGCCCUGAUGCUAUUUGUUGAAGAAACAAGUUCGGCAGCAGUUAUUUUGAAUGCGUCCCACGCAAUUGUGGACGCAACUUCUUUUGGUCUCUUCACGGAAGACCUGGACCAUGCUCUCUUGGGUCAAUUGGCGCCCCAUGUACCCUACCAAGUGUGGGCAGAGUCUUACUACACACUGCGGAAAUCCCCAAAAGCGAAAGCAGCAGUCCGGUACCACACCAAACAGCUGAUUGAUUUGCGUGAGCAUUACAACGUACUCUGGCCGAAACCAACACAAGAACUUGUCGUGUCGCCCGAACGUGCCCCUCAUGAUGGACACAUGAUAUCCUUUUCCGCACCCUCAUUUAUUGCCCUACAACAGAAGUACAGCAAGAUCACACCCCCAAUCAUACUCCAAUCGGCACUAGCUUUAGUGGCGAUGGCGCACACUGACUACUCUCAUGCCCUUUUUAUCAGCAUCCAAGCUGCGAGAUCUCGUUUCCCUUUCCUUCCCAAUUUGGACUCAUCCAUUCAAUCCUUUGAAGCUGCAGAUGUAACAGGACCAACAUUCAACGCUGCUUUAAAAUUAAUUACUCUGCAUCCCGGAGAAACAGCCCUGCAAUAUCUUCAGCGCAUGCAAGUCGCUCAGAUGGAGCUCACAAAGUACCCCAGUGCUCCAUUGCACGAGGUGUUUAGACAUCUUGGCCUUUCAUCUGCUCAGAUCGUACCUGCUAUCGCGAAUUCGUUGUUAUUUAAUUGGGUGCCCGGUUUGGCAGCACAGGUCUUUGGCAGCAAUCCCUUCCAGCACACUACAAUACAGCCACACCUGCGAACGAGAGUCGGCCUGCUCGCAAACGCAGGUUCGGGCGGAGCAGAUGGAAGCCAAAUUGUCAUAUGGUUACAUGGUGCCAUCGCAAAUACAUCCACGGCAUUGGCAGAGUCUGUGGCUGAAAUUUGGAAGCAGGCAUCCCUGUGGCUCGUAAAUGAGGAGAAUUGGGACAAACCUGCUGUUGAACUUAUCGGGCUUCUGAAGUGA